GAACAGCCGCGGUUGGCGAGUAACAGGCAAGCAGGAGAAUGGUGUAUAUUGCGCUGUGACAACUGUGCCAUGGACAUAUACGCAGCGGAAGAUGCGCACUUGCCCAAGGACAAGAGGGGACUUGGUAGUGGACAGAUGCUGGUGUCUAUGACACUUACG